CUAUGAGCUUGCAACACAUGACCUAUUCUGUUCAGUCUGGUAUUCACUGACCUAGGACCAUGUUUGGGUUCGUAGUGUUCAUCAUCGCGUUGACGUUUCUGACAUCAUCGUUGGGGAAGACGGUGGAAUUGUAUGUGUCCCCAAACGGCUCCGACUCCAAUACUGGGCUUGAUGUACACUAUCCAGUCAAGACUCUCCACAGAGUGCUUCAACUGUUGGAAACACCCAACAUAAAAGGAAACACCAUUAACGUGGAGCUGAUGACGGGGUACUAUGACCUCCCGGCAACUCUUCACUUUACACACGCCUACCAGUCUCCAGUCACCUUCAGGGCUUACCAAGGACAGGAGGUGCACGUGACAGGAGGACGUCGUCUACCCGUCAAUCAUUUUAAGGGCGUCACAGACACAGCACUUUUACGUUUAUGGGGCAAAGAAGCUCAGAGACAUAUCAAGCAGAUUAACCUGCCCUCUGUGGGAAUCUCGGACUACGGCAAUUUGUCCUCAUAUGGUUGGUACGUCUACAGACAGGCCCCCUUGGAGCUGUUUAUCAAUGGUCAACCCCUCACCCUGGCCAAGUGGCCGAAUCACGAUUUUAUAGAUAUCACGGCUGUGCAAAGUCAGUAUGGAUACCAGUUCUCGUACAAUACGAAUCGUGAUUCGAGGUGGGCAAAUGAAAAAGAACCAUGGGCAUAUGGAUUCUGGUACUGGAGCUGGGCUGACCUUUCGUUGAAGAUACGUAAAAUAGAUACUGUGAACCACACCAUCACUCUGGCUGCUAAAGACCGCCAUGGCAUGCGAGCAGGUGUCUACAACCACGGCAACUUGACGGGAAUUACCGAUCAAGGCGGUUACUUCAGAGUGAUGAACAUGCUCUCGGAACUUGAUGAACCCGGGGAGUACUACAUAGACAGAAGUACGGGGAUAUUGUACGUGUGGCCCAAUACACCGACUGGUGCACUGACGUCAUCAGAUGUUGUGUAUGCGUCAAUGGUAGAUGACUGCAUCAAAUUAGACCCCGGCGUGUCCAACCUUAGAUUUGAGGACUUUACCCUGGAAGCAUGUCGAAAGUUCGGCAUCAACGCCCAAAACGUGUCCAAUCUAGAACUGCGGCAACUUGAGCUGAAGAAUACAGGUUCCUAUGUAUUCCACUGUGGAGGAGACUGUCGGUCCGUCACCGUGUCGAGGUGUGAAAUACACGAUGGAGAUGGAGGCAUAGAUCUAUUUGGUGGCGACCGCGUCAACCUCAUCGCCUCCGGUAACGUGGUUGAAGACAAUCAUAUUUGGAGGUACAGUCGAGAGGGGGCAGUUGGACAGAACGCAAUACACAGUGUUGGUGUCAACAACCUCAUACGGUACAACCACAUCCACGACGGACAGUAUGCUGCCAUCAAGUUCGAUGGUAACGACCACGUGAUGGAGUAUAAUCACGUCCACCAUAACUGCGUUAAUGCGAGUGACUGUGGUGCUUUACAUGCAACAAGGAGUUGGUCUUUUCGAGGCAACAAGGUCCGCUACAACCAUAUCCACGAUACAAUCAGGCUGAUGCCAGGAUCAGGUGUUAGAGGCGUCAUGCUUGACGACCAGUACUCCAGCGUCACCAUUGAACACAACGUCUUCUACCGCAAUGACAUUCAUGCAAACAUUGGUGGCGGCCGUGACAACAUCAUCCGCUACAACGUCAUGUACGACAGUGUCUCGGAGAGUAUACAAGUAGACGCCAGAGGGUCAUCGCCACAUUUUGACGUCCAUAGAAUACUUGACCGAGAUCUCGCUUCUGUUCCAUACCAAAAUGAUCUGUGGAGAUCAAAAUACCCUGAAAUGAGUACGUUGCAGACUGGAACGCGGCUCUACCCUGAAGGUAACCAGAUCUACAAGAACAUCUUCUGGAACAAAGGAAAUCAAAAGGGGAUCCUUUACUUUCAGCCAAAUUUUGCCUACAAGAGGUAUUUCGAUGUCAGUGAUAACCAUAUGGAACUUCAAAAGUCGAAUUUUUACGCCCCAGAUGAUAGCGAUUUCCGACUUCGUUGUGGUGCCAAACAAUGGGCGAAUGGUGUAAACUUUGAAGAACCAAUAUCUCUGAAAGAUGUUGGCCCUCGUCAAAGUACAGGUCCAACGUAUAUGAAGACAGCGUUGCCGAUAUUCCAACCACUUCCGACUCCACAGCCAUGUGAUCAGUCUACUGUUGCCCCGGAAACAAAGAUUCCUGCAACUCCAUAUAUAUCUGACGGAUCUGGACCGAAUGCUUUAUACCCAAACAUUACAGAUGGGUGCUGGUUCAUCACUGGCCAGUGUCCGAGACAUCCUCGAUCCCACAUGUUCAGGGAUACAGGGGAACAGAAGAACGCCUCCAUGUGGACGAGGGAGGCAAGGUGUCUCAGUCGGGCUGUUGACGAGUGGAAAUAUUGUGGCUCCAGUAGCUCUCAUCACGUCACGGCUGUGUUCGGGCCAACAGGUGCUAUGACCAUUGCCGGGAGUGGUUGCUACAAUGCCUUUGAACAAUGUCCUAAACAUUACGCCCCUCCGGGUCUUCAUCACGAUGUUUAUGCAGAACAAGCACAGAAUGCAAGUACUGACGUCGAGGGAUGUUUAUCCCGAGCAAGGGCUCAGUGGGCGUACUGCGGAUCCUACCGCCAGUAUCCCGUCACGAGCAUAUUCCUGCCAACAGGUACUGUCCGAACUGCAGGUGGUGGAUGUUGGAUCAAGAUAUCUUCCUGCCCAGCUGACAAACAGCUGAAACCAUUUUUCUAUGACGCAUGGGGGGCCACCAACAUAGGCUCAGAUGAUCUUGAUGAUAAUUGUUUUGAGAGGGCGACCUACUUCUGGCAACACUGUGGCUCUCACCGGAACCUUCCUGUCACUGCCUACUUCCGGCCGCAAGCUACUGAAAGAACUGUACCAGCGAGCAUUGAAAGGUCAACAGACAUUAAAUAAACAGAAAACUAUGUU